CACCAUCUGGUAACACUGAAAAAUCGUCAAUCGACAAAAACAGUCAUUCGAAAAAAAACAAAUCAAAGAAGAAGUACCGUUUUUGUUGAGCGCGAGUGUUUCAGUGUGUGUGUUUGCCUAGAACUAGAAAAUUAAAUUUGUUAAAGGACUUAGUGCAAAAUUCUAUGCUUUUCGAAAGAACAAAGCUUUGCUAAAGCAGGAAAAGGAAAAUAUACGAAAAGUAGCUACGAUGCACAGCUGAUGUAGAAAAGUCCCAAGCACUUUUAGCCUGGUGUGUGUGGGAAAAAUCGAUCCGCAAACGAGAAAACCGAGGAGAAAAUGUCAGCCUAAGAAAAAGAGUUCAAAUUGUGAUAAAAACGCAGUACAAAUUAGUUAACAAAUAGCUUAAAUGGCAAACCACAAGACUUUAUAGCGAACUAUUUGCCUCAAAAACAAAAAUAAGCUCGAAAAGCUGCCAGCCAAUAUAUUUACUUGUCUUCGAGUGCAAUAAAAUCCAAAAUUCUUAACUAAACAAUUCAUCUCAACAUUCCUGCGCAACACAAAAACAACAAAAUGGCUGCAAAAACGUACUAGGCCAGCCCUCACAAUGUCUGUCCCUGUACGCUACUCCUCUGCUGCCGCCGAAUACGCCGCCGAAGUUGAUUGUGAGUUGGAGAGCACUCUGCAACAGCAGCAGCAGCAGCAACAGUUGCACCUGCAACAGCAAUACGAGUACGAGCAAUACCAGCACUACCAGUACCAACGGGAGCAGGAUAUCGCCUACUAUUGCCAGUUGCAGGCGGCGCGGCAGCAGGAGCAGUUGAUGCAGCAGAGGACAUCGAUGUCGUCGUUGGUAAUGCCCGGCCUAGCCUUGCCCCAGGACCACCCAGCCACCAUCAACCCAGGAUCCGGACACAGCCCAGCCCACAACAACAACGGACUCACCAUGGACGCCCACAGCAUCAAUGACAUUCUGGUCGACGACGAGCAGCCCUCGACUUCGGCCCAGGCUGCCGCCGCUGCUGCUGCUGGAUCCGCAGUGGGAUCUGUAUCUGUAGCGGCUGGUUCGAGUGGAUCGGGUAUGUCGGGUGGUGCCACUAGUGGGGGCAAGCUGGCCAACGGCAUUAACCGCAAUGCAGAGAUGCCAACUGAUUGGAUGAGGAUUGCGGACGAGGGCCGGUAUGGGACACCGGGUGCUGCUGGCUUGGAAUAUCAGAAGUACGAGAAACAACAACAACUGGAGGAUCUGAAGUCCGAGGCGGCAGGAGGUGCCGUCGGAGGAGCCAACAACAACGGCGAGCCUUCCUCGUCCUCGAAGAAGCUUGAGGAUCAGCUGCACGCUCUCACCUCGGAUGAGCUGUACGAGACCCUUAAGGAGUACGACGCUCUGCAGGACAAGUUCCACACGGUGCUGUUGCUGCCCAAGGAGUCGAGGCGUGAGGUGACUGCCGGAGGACGAGAUGGAUCCGCUUACGUACUGCGCUGCCUGAAGAUGUGGUACGAGCUGCCCUCCGACGUCCUGUUUUCGGCCAUGAGCCUGGUGGACCGCUUUCUGGAUCGCAUGGCCGUAAAGCCGAAGCACAUGGCCUGCAUGAGCGUGGCCUCGUUCCAUCUGGCCAUCAAGCAGUUGGACUUGAAGCCCAUUCCCGCCGAGGAUCUGGUUACAAUAUCUCAGUGUGGUUGUACCGCUGGCGAUCUGGAACGCAUGGCCGGCGUGAUUGCCAACAAGCUGGGCGUCCAGAUGGGACAUGCACCGAUCACUUCCGUGAGCUACCUGCGCAUCUACUACGCCCUGUUCCGCAACUUGGCGAAGGAGAUUGGUGGCGACUUCUUCAAGUUCUACCAGCAACUGAUCAAGCUGGAGGAGCUGGAGAACCGCCUGGAGAUCCUGAUGUGCGACGUGAAGACCACGGUGAUCACGCCGUCGACGCUGGCGCUGGUGCUUAUCUGCCUGCACCUGGACUUCCACAUCAAGGAGUCCUACACUCGCGGCAGUCCGGAGCUGAAGCACGUCUUCGAGUACAUUCUGUUCCUGCAGCAGUACAUGAGGAUUCCCGAUCGCGUUUUCACCUGCGGCUUCAGCAUCGUGUCGGGCAUUCUCUCCCACUACAACGGGCAGAACAAGGCGCCCUACAAGCAGCGGCUUGUCUGGAAGUUGUCCAGUCGCACGCUGCGCGUCCUGCGCCCGACCAACCGCUUCUCCUCCGACCUGCCCACCAUUGAGGAAGGCAUAUCCAAUGCCCUCGACGAUGGCCUGCGUUCGAGAACCGAGAGUAUUAGCUCCGAGGAAGAGGAGGACUGGCCCACUUCACCAAUAAUUCCAAUUUUCGAACAAUGUUAGUAUCCAGCCUCCAGCCAGCAGCAGUAGAGCAGCAGAGGGACAAAAGCUGGACAAAUGGAGCAGCGGACAACGGAACCAUCAACCAGACGCCCACGCGGCACACAUCCACAACCCCUGGGGACCCCCGAUCCUUUAGAAGAUCAAGCACUAGACAUAUCCCCAGCAGAAGCAGAGAAAGAGGAAAAACAGCCGGAAUAUGGAGGUCCUCAAAGGCGAUGUGUGUGUCCGUGAGAGCGUUCCGCGUGCAAGAGUAGUAGUGGUGGUUGAGGUAGAGUGUGUAUGUUUUGCUAAAGUGCAUCAUAAUUCUUUUGGCAUAUACACAAAUGUGUAUUCAAUAGCGCUGGUUCUAACAUUUAAGAAACUAUUGAGAUACGGAAAUGUGGGCGGGAAGCGGGGACGCAGCCACGCCCCCUCCCCCUUUUGAGAAAGUUGCCUAAUAGUAGCGCCCCCCACAAUUUUUUCGAUUUAUUUGCGGCAGACAAAAAAAUACGUGAAAAAAAAAUACAAAACUUGAAAAAAUUAUCAAAAAAAAAAAAAAAAAGAAUGCUGCGGACCAUCAUACAAAAGAUUGAUGCCGUUCCGGAUCAUUAUUCGAGAUCAGUGAGAGAGAGAGAAUACGAUUUGAGAAUUGCGAACCCACGCCGGAAUCCCGAACAUCUGGAAUGGGACAGCAGUUUUUUGUUGGUUGCGCUUGAAAACCUUACAAAAAAAUUCAAACAAAACAUUUCUAAACAAAAAGGAAAUCUUUUUCAACAGACCUCCCCCCUAAAUAUGUUGUUAACACUAUGUUCUCUAUGUUUGUUCUUAUCAGUUAAUGUAAAAGCCCCGAAUCAAUGGACCCAAAAAAAAAGCAACCUCAAAAAAUCAUAAAAUCUAAAAAAAAGUACAAAAGUUUAUUAUGUAUAGACCGACCCUAAAAGAUAAGUUUAACAAAGAAAAUCAACAAAAACAAGGUCAGAUCAGAUUAAUCAUUAAUUUUAGCCGCGCUCAAAAAAAUAUAAAACAAACACUAUAAAAAGCUAAAGUAUAAUUCGCUGCCUGUAUUGAUUAAUAACUCUUAACAAUAAUAACUACAUUAAAAACGAUAAGAUGAAUCCACAAUAUGUAGUGUGUGUCUAGUAGAUUUUUCUCUGUAUAACAAAAACGAACUCAAUUUCCGCCCUAAAAAUCAAACAAAAGCACGACCAAUGCAAACUUUAAUUAUCAUACGCAGCUAAGUAAAUUUGUUAUUAUUACACAAUUGUUUAUCACUUGAUCAACCAAUCAAUCAAUCAACUUCAAGGCAUCGAGAUUUAGUUCGAGUACCACAGUGAUCCCCUUUUAUAUUAUACCUUUACAUAUAAUACACGAUCUAAUUCUUCUUUUUUGUUACAUAAUAUUAUUUAACUUAUUAAACAAAUUUGUAAAUCGAAAUCCAUUCUUAUGUUGUACCAUAUGAACUACCAAUUAAAACCUAGUUUAAAGCAAAACCAGCGUUGAGACAAGGCCAAAAUUCAGUUCAAUUCAGAUUGAAGCGCGGCAAACUUGAGCAGAAAUUAUGAUGCAACAUUUAGCAAAAUGUACGAAGGGUCAAGCGAAAAGUUAUAGAGAGCAUUAGGCACUAACGCAAAGCAUAAAAACAAUUGAAAUUCGCAAAUUCAGAUACGUUUCAUUUCUUUAAACCAUUUGGCAGAGGAAUGUGCAAACUCUUGUCUGUAAAAUUUAAUAAAAUGCGUUUGCCCGCCAUAGAGGCAUUCGGUUUUCAUGAAUAUUUACAACAAA